AUGGCCGAGAUUUCCAGCGUUCCUUUCGCUGAACCCCCCUACCUCAGGGGCCUCCCCUCCCCCUACUACAAUGAGUCUCACCGGCGCUUCCAGAAAGCCUGCCGGGCAUUUUUGUACGAGAACCUGCUCAAGCACGCAAUGGAGUGGGAAAAAGCUGGUACAGUGCCCGAGCAUGUUUUCUCGGACUUUUGCAAGGCAAACAUGCUCCUGCCUAACCUCCCCGCCCCCUUACCAGUCGCCUGGCUGAAGCGCCUGGGCAUCCACGACAUUCUCGGCGUCAAGGUUGAGGAAUGGGACUACCUGCACACGGGAAUAUACAGUGAUGAGAUGGCGCGCUCAGGACUCAGCGGGCCGAGCGGCUCGUUAACGGCCGGAUUCGCGUUCGGCACACCCCCAAUCAUCAAGUACGGGAGCAAGGAGUUGCAGGAAAAGUUCCUGCCAGAUUUGCUUACAGGAAAGAAGAGGAACUGCAUCGCUAUCACGGAGCCGGAUGCGGGCAGUGAUGUUGCAGGGAUUACGACGACGGCGACGAAGAGUGCAGAUGGAAAGUACUAUAUUGUGAACGGCAACAAGAAGUGGAUUACAAACGGCAUCUGGUCUGAUUACAGCACCAUGGCCGUGCGCACCGGUGGACCAGGCGCAGGCGGUCUCUCCUUGCUCGUCGUUCCACUGAAAAACUACCCCGGCGUGACGAUGCAGCGCCUGAAAGUCUCUGGACAGAUUACCGGUGGCACCACCUAUAUCGAGCUCGACGAGGUCAAGGUCCCUGUGGAGAACCUGAUCGGCCUUGAAGGCGACGGCAUGAAGAUGAUCAUGAACAACUUCAACCACGAGCGGCUCACCAUCGCCGUUGGGGUCACACGGCAAGCACGUGUUGCGCUCUCGACUGCAUUUUCUUACUGCCUCAAGCGCGAGGCGUUUGGGAAGACGCUCAUGGACCAGCCUGUGGUGCGACACCGGCUGGCAAAAGCAGGCGCGGAGCUUGAGACGAUGUGGGCGUUUGUCGAGCAGCUACUCUACCAACUGACGAACCUGCCCAAGGAAGAGGCGGACCGUCAGCUUGGUGGGAUCACGGCAAUGGCCAAGGCAAAGGGGGCAAUGGUGUUGAACGAGUGUGCGCAGACGGCAGUCCUGCUCUUCGGCGGUGCCGGCUUUACCAAACAAGGACAGGGAGAGCUGGCCGAGGCCAUCCUGAGGGAUGUCCCUGGAGCGCGUAUUCCGGGAGGGUCGGAGGAUGUCUUGCUGGAUUUGUCGAUCCGACAGCUGGUCAAAUUGUUCAAAGCCGAGGAGAAGAAGCUGGGGAAGGCGAGAAUCUAG